AUGGGUAGAAAAGCAAAGUUCGAUGAAACCAAAAAAGUUAAGAAAGGUCCUGGUAGAAAGGCAAAAAAACAACCUGACCCAGUAUUCAAGAAAGAACUGCUUGCUGAUGAUAAAGAAGACAAAAAGCUGAGUCACAGACAGAAACAAAGAGCUGCUAGAAGGUUAAAGAAGAAAAAGGAACUAGCAGAAAAACGAAAAGCCUUGAAAGAAGCUAAAAAGAACCCUAAGCCAGAGAAUGACACAGAAGAAGCUGUCAGUGCCUUAGACGAUGAGACUCCUAAAGGUUUCACUGAUGACAAUAAGGAAUGGUUAAAGCCGAAGAAGAAAGGGUUAGCUAAAUUAAAGGAAAUAGAGCCAGAUAGUGAUGAGAGUGAUGAUGAGGGUUUGGGUGAAGAUGAGAAUGAUGCUUCAAGUAAAGAAGAUGAUGAUUCAGAACAAGAAAUUAAAGACACUAAGAAACCAAGUAAAGAAAAUUAUAAGGUUGGUACACUUGAUGACCUGUUUAAUGACACUGAUGAUGAGCAAGAUGAAACUUUAGAUAAUGAAGAAACUGGAGAUUCAAAUAAAUCUUACAAUUCAGAUUCAUCUGAGGAUAGCGAUAAUAGUGAAGAUGAUGAAGACGAAGAUAUGCUUCCCAUUGAAAAAGCCAAUGUUAAACUAAAACAGAAACAAAGGUUGGACAAGAAAUUAGCAGAUGAGGAACUGCAAUUAAAUAUUGCCAAGCAAGAUGUUUUUGCAUUCCCAAGCGAAGAGGAGCUUCAAAAUCCUACAUCUUUACAAGAUGUACACCAAAGGGUAAAAGACAUAGUAUCAGUUUUAAAUGAUUUUAACCGCCUCAAGGAAGAGGGCAGAUCCCGCUGUGAAUAUACAGAGUUACUUCUCAAGGACCUCUGUUUGUACUACAGUUACAAUGAGUUUCUAAUGGAGGUCCUGAUGCAAAUAUUUCCUGUACAGGAAUUAAUUGAAUUCUUAGAAGCCAGUGAAGUGUCUAGGCCAAUUACAAUUAGAACUAACAGCCUUAAAACUAGGAGAAGAGAUUUGGCCCAGGCUUUAAUAAACAGAGGUGUUAAUCUAGAUCCUGUCGGUAAAUGGAGUAAAGUUGGCUUGGUAGUGUACAGUUCCACUGUCCCGGUGGGUGCAACACCUGAAUAUUUAGCUGGACACUAUAUAUUGCAAGGUGCAUCUAGUUUCUUGCCUGUUAUGGCCUUAGCCCCUCAGGAAAAUGAAAGAAUUUUAGACAUGUGCGCUGCACCUGGUGGUAAAGCCUCUCACAUUGCAGCAAUUAUGAAGAAUACUGGUUCACUCUUUGCCAAUGAUGCCAAUAAGGAAAGAACAAAAGCAAUAGUUGGAAAUUUCCACAGAUUGGGAGUAGUCAACGCAGUCAUCUGUAACUAUGAUGGCCGUCAAUUUCCAGAUGUCAUAAAGGGCUUCGACAGAGUACUACUAGACGCUCCUUGUACAGGAACAGGAGUUAUUGCUAAGGAUCCAAGUGUUAAAACUACUAAAGAUCAAAAGGAUAUACAGAGAUGUUUCAAUCUUCAAAGGCAGUUGUUAUUAGCUGCUAUUGACUGCUGCAAUGCUAAAUCAAGCACCGGAGGAUACAUUGUGUACUCCACCUGUUCAAUUUUGCCUGAAGAAAAUGAGUGGGUAGUUAAUUACGCUCUAAAGAGACGUAAUGUAAAGUUGGUACCCACAGGUUUAGAUUUUGGAACUGAAGGAUUCCAGAAAUAUAGACAUCAUAGGUUCCAUCCCUCAUUGAAGUUAACAAGAAGGUUCUACCCACACACCCAUAAUAUGGAUGGAUUCUUUGUUGCAAAACUUAAAAAAUUCUCAAAUGUUAUACCUGAGCCUUUUAAAGAUGAAGAUGAUGAAGAAGAAGCUGGGCAGGAAAAUGAAAAUUCUGAAACUAAAGAAGCAGAACAGAAUGGUGAUGUUCCAGAAGAUCAAAAGAUAAAACUUCAGACUGGUGUAAAGAGAACUGCAAAGCCGAAUACAGCUCAACCCAAAGAGAAGAAGCAGAAAACAGAUGACAGCCCACAGCCUACUACGAAUGGAAACGUAGAGCCAAUAAAUAACCAGAAAAAGAAGAAACAGAAGAAUAAAAAGAAAAAUAAAAAAGGACAAAAAAGCGAAGGUCAAAGUAACCAGACUAAACAAGAAGACAAACCCACAGAAGAAACGAAACAAACAACAAAACAGAAUACACAACAAGACCCCGAAACAAAAGAAAAGGCGAAAAUAGAAAAAAGUAAUAAAGAAAAAGUACAGACGAAACCUAUUGUGGUUGAUAAAGCCAAUGAAAACACACAAUCUAAUGAAAGCAAUGGCGGGACACCGAAAAAAAAGAAGAACAGGAAGAAAAAUAAAAACAACAAGAACACAAACAUUCAGAAUCAAAUUAACAAGAAUGAAAAUAACAUAACAGAUAAACUGGAGAUAGCAGCCGCAAAAAAAAUGAAAAAUAACAAUAAAAAACAGAAACAGAUAGGACAAUUGAAUAGCAAAAAAGACAAACCCACAGAAGAGACGACAAAACAGAAUACACAACAAGACCUCGAAACAAAAGGAAAGGCUAAAAUAGAAAUAAGUAAUAAAGAAAAAGUACAGACGAAACCAGUUGUGGUUGAUGAAGCAAAUGCAAACGCACAAUCUAAUGAAAGCAGUGGCGGGUCACCGAAAAAAAAGAACAAGAAGAAAAAUAAAAACAAAAAUAACACAAACGUACAGAAUCAAAUUAACAAGAAUGAAAAUAAAAUAACAGAUAAACUUGAGAUUGCAGCCGCAAAAAAACUGAAAAAUAAUAAUAAAAAACAAAAACAGAUAGGAAAGCUGAAUAGCAAAAAAGAAGGUGGAAAACAGGGAAUUAAGAAAAACUUAAAAAAAAGUAAUCCUAAAGCUAAGGGUUAA